CAGCCAGCACUAGCGAGCAGCGGCGGCCGCGGCCGGCGGCCGAGUUGGGAGAAUGCGGCGGCGCUCGCGGAUGCUGCUCUGUUUCGCCUUCCUGUGGGUGCUGGGCAUCGCCUACUACAUGUACUCCGGGGGCGGCUCUGCGCUGGCCGGGGGCGCAGGCGGCGGCGCCGGCAGGAAGGAGGACUGGAAUGAGAUUGACCCCAUUAAAAAGAAAGACCUUCAUCACAGCAAUGGAGAAGAGAAAGCACAGAGCAUGGAGACCCUCCCUCCAGGGAAAGUCCGGUGGCCAGACUUUAACCAGGAAGCUUACGUUGGAGGGACGAUGGUCCGUUCCGGGCAGGACCCUUACGCGCGAAACAAGUUCAACCAGGUGGAGAGUGACAAGCUGCGAAUGGACAGGGCCAUCCCUGACACCCGGCACGACCAGUGUCAGCGCAAGCAGUGGCGGGUGGACCUGCCAGCCACCAGCGUGGUGAUCACGUUUCACAAUGAAGCCAGGUCGGCCCUGCUGAGGACGGUGGUCAGUGUGCUUAAGAAAAGUCCACCCCACCUCAUAAAAGAAAUCAUCUUGGUGGAUGACUACAGCAACGAUCCUGAGGACGGGGCUCUCUUGGGAAAAAUUGAGAAAGUGCGAGUUCUUAGAAACGAUCGGCGAGAAGGCCUGAUGCGCUCGCGAGUCCGCGGGGCCGAUGCCGCCCAAGCCAAGGUCCUGACCUUCCUGGACAGCCACUGUGAGUGCAACGAGCACUGGCUGGAGCCGCUCCUGGAGAGGGUGGCAGAGGACAGGACUCGGGUCGUGUCUCCCAUCAUCGACGUCAUUAACAUGGACAACUUCCAGUACGUGGGGGCGUCUGCCGACCUGAAGGGCGGUUUUGAUUGGAACUUGGUGUUCAAGUGGGAUUACAUGACGCCUGAACAGAGAAGGUCUCGGCAAGGAAACCCUGUUGCCCCCAUAAAAACGCCCAUGAUCGCCGGUGGGCUGUUCGUGAUGGACAAGUUCUACUUCGAGGAGCUGGGGAAGUACGACAUGAUGAUGGACGUGUGGGGUGGAGAGAACCUGGAGAUCUCGUUCCGCGUGUGGCAGUGCGGUGGCAGCCUGGAGAUCAUCCCGUGCAGCCGUGUGGGACACGUGUUCCGGAAGCAGCACCCCUACACGUUCCCGGGCGGCAGUGGCACCGUCUUCGCGCGCAACACCCGCCGGGCGGCAGAAGUCUGGAUGGACGAAUACAAAAAUUUCUAUUACGCAGCCGUGCCUUCUGCCAGAAACGUUCCUUACGGGAAUAUUCAGAGCAGACUGGAGCUUCGGAAGAAACUCAGCUGCAAGCCUUUCAAGUGGUACCUUGAAAACGUCUAUCCAGAAUUAAGGGUCCCAGACCAUCAGGAUAUCGCAUUUGGAGCCUUGCAACAGGGGACCAACUGCCUCGACACUUUAGGACACUUUGCUGACGGUGUUGUUGGGGUCUACGAGUGUCACAAUGCUGGGGGAAACCAGGAGUGGGCCUUGACGAAGGAGAAGUCGGUGAAGCACAUGGACUUGUGCCUUACUGUGGUGGACAGGGCGCCUGGCUCUCUCAUAAAGCUGCAGGGCUGCCGGGAAAAUGACAGCAGACAGAAAUGGGAACAGAUCGAAGGCAAUUCGAAGCUGCGGCACGUGGGCAGCAACCUGUGCCUGGACAGCCGCACAGCCAAGAACGGCGGCCUGAGCGUGGAGGUGUGCAGCCCGGCCCUGUCGCAGCAGUGGAAGUUCUCGCUCAACCUGCAGCAGUAGGAGGGCCCGGGGUGGGGGGCCCCUGCCGUCUCGCCGCCAGCACCAGCGGGCUGAGUCUGCCGAUCACAUUCUUGAUUAUGUUUCUUAAACUUUCCGCGAAACUAUAUACCUCAGUAUUCCAUCACGGUCCGCGAGUCGGAGGACUUGGCCGAGCCCCCUGGGAGGACUGCCAGACACAGCCGCGGCCGGCAAAGGGCUGCUCUUCUCGCCCGGGGUGCAGCCAGGCCCCCUCCCGGCCCGGCCGCUGAGGAACAGCCCAGCAACCAGCAGCGUGCGGAGAGAAGCAGCCGGACACGGCCAGGUCGGCUGCAGGACAGGGAGGGCGAAGGGGGCGCUGCUGGUGCCCACCCCACCCGCCACGGCCAGGAGAGCGCUUUCGAAAUCCCCGUCUCCGACCCCGUCUUUCACUCCGCAGGGCUGAGUCCCGUCGUUGUGCAGGUCCCUGCCGUCCUCCCCUGUGCCCAGUGGUCUUCCCAGCCUAGGCCACCCCUCUACCCACCCACCCCCUCCACGAUGUUCUUGCUGUGUUUGAGUAUGAACUCACCUGUGAUGGGACGCUGGACAGAAGCGCACAGGUGGCUCGCCCACAGAGGAGCCGGCGGCCAGGAUGGAAGCCUGUGGGUGCUACUGUGCUGUGGGGCCUCCCCCCCACCCCACUGCCACCAGCUCUGGCCCGCCGGCCUCUGUGGCUCCGCCUGGGAGCCACUGUUGUGUGUCAGAAUCCACUGCGUGUCAUUGCCAUCUGUACACCUGGAUGGGUUACUUAUCCUGACAAAUAUCACUUUGGGUCUUUUCAAAUUAUGCUUCCUUCCUCUAAGAAAAAUAAACAAACACCCAACAUGAGCGGGAAGCAGGGAGCACCCCCACUGCUGCCUGGUGACAGGGCCGAUCGGUGACACCAGGCAGGUGUCGCACGCCUCCGGGCCUGCCAGAAGACCAGCUCACAGUCCCCCGCCCCCCGCCACACCUUCCCCUCCCCGCUGGUGAAAGCGAGGCUGCAGGGGCUUCGGGUAAAGAAUUAGGGAAGGGGAAGAAGCAAGUAACGCCUUGCAGCUUCAGGGCGUGAAACAGGAGCCCUCAUGGUCCUGUAUAAUGCACAGCACAGCUGUGAACCAGAAGUCCCAGCCGGGGGAGAAGCCGGCGUAUCUUCCAGGGUGCCCCGGCUGGCUCCCCAGAGCCGCCCCCACGCAGCCACAGGCUGGAUACAGCCCCUAUCGGACGGCUCCAUCGUCAUCAUGCCCACAUCCUGGCCUUGCUUCCUCCUCCACUUCCCCCCUCCCCCCUCCCCCAACACACACACACACACACACACACACAC